AUGUACACGGACCAACCCAUGCUCGAAUUGCUCGGCGGCUGGUCAUACAUGGCACUCGAGGCUCGCGUGGCUUCGUUGGAGUCCAUUCUUAAGCAACUGAAAGCCGAGUCUCAAGAGGGCAGGUUCAAAUUGCUUGAUUCUCUCGAUUUCGAAGACCACCUUGCCAGCUCAAACCAGCAUGACGCGAAGAAAGACUCCUCACCGUCGCCCUCCAUGGCGUGCCUCCGGCGGACGAACGAUGGGCUGAUCUCUUACCACGGCCCCACGAGCAUUUACCAUGUGGGCUCCGAAACCCCUCCAGAGGUCGAUGACCUGUCUUCCCUGCUAUGCCUUGCUUUCUAUGAAAUUGGACGGGGCAAAAUCUCCCAGGGAUGGCUUUUCUCCGGAAUGGCCUUCAGAAUCAGCCAGGACCUUGGCUUGCAGCGGGGUCUGAAGAAUGACAGCAGCCCUACGGUCCGCAUUGACCAUGAGAUCCGCGGGAGAGUCUACUGGGGAUGCUACACCUCUGACGCACUUAUCAGCUUGAUCUUGGGCAGACCAGUGUUCUUUCAAGACCGCGAAUCGGUUGUGGAUCCCAGUGAGCCGCUACCCGACAAUCCUGAGCUUGAGGCUUGGCUUGAAUCAGGAACCACAGACUACAAGGUCUCAAAACUCAUUCCGUACCUGAAGAGCCUCAGCAAACUUGGUGGAGUGAUGCACGAGACGCUUUCGCGUGUCUUUGCACUCAAAGGCAGCUCCGGCGACGAGAAACAGGGUUUGAUCCAUCAGGUCGACGUGGAUCUUGGCCGCUGGCUUGAGACGCUGCCUGAAGAGAUCCGGUGGAACCGCUGGUGGCCCGUUACCAAACCGCUGGAGCCACACAUUGCUGCGUUGCACCUAACCUUUCUCUGCGUCCGCAUCUGCAUCCAUCGAGAAAACAUGGUUUCAUCUCGAGACGCCACGUCGGCCAGGUCUUCUCGGGAGCAGUGCGAGUCCCUCAUUGGAAUGGUCGUUCAACUCAUGAGACACUACAAGAGCCAGCACGAUCUCCGUCAGGUGCCCAUUAUUUUUGUUCCAGCACAGCGUCGACAGACUUUCCAGUUCGCGUCUUGA